UUGCCCUUCACCAACAAUCUUGCUUCGCUCCUCCUUUUCCAAUCCUCACUCCUUUUCCAAUCCUCAUCACUCCUCCCAUUUAUUCAUUCCCCCCCCCCCACCCCGCCGCCCUGAAUGCUCGUCUCGCAGCCAUCGUCUGCGGCCAAUUCGCGCGCCGCGUCGCCGUCGGGGCUCCAGCAGACGACCUUCUCCAAUCUCAAUGCAGCGAGCGGCUUCCUCAGCUCCGCCAACCCGGCGUCGACCGAUGCCCUUCUCAUCGGGCUCAACGCGGCUGCAGCGAGCGCGACUGACUCGUCCGCCGGUUACUCGUCCCCGCGUGCCGCCGCUCUGCUCGCCGCCAACGCUGCCAACGCAUUCGCCGCCAACGCCGCUGCUGCGUCACUGGUGGCUGCGAACGGACUGCCCACUGGUGCUGGUGGCUUGGGCUCGUCCAAUCCGGCGUCGCUCGAUACGAGUCCGACCGGGAUUGGCGCCGGCAUCAACGGCAAUCUGCCAGCGUCCUCCAUCUUCAAGCCCAUGAUGGCGCCGUUCGCAGGAGGGUCUGCGCGAUUCACACCAGUCAAUGCUGCCGCGCGCGCCGUCGCUGCUGGAGGCUCCAUGAGCGGCACGGCAACGCCAACCGCAGCCGGCGCAGGCUGGAACUCGCCCUUGUUCCAACGCACUCUCACUGCUCCGGGCAUGCCUGGCUCUGGCGCAAACACUCCGACAUUGGGGCAAAGCUUUGCUGGCGAUGCCGGUUUCCCGAGUGGCGGCAACUCGUUGCCACUCAACGGCGCGAUUGGAUCUGCAAGCGGCGCCUUCACCCCUGGAGGCAGCAACGCACGACCUGGGCUUCAAGCACCACCUGUGCCAACCCACGGCUCGUUUGAGACGACGCAGCCGAAUGUAUACAACAUUUGCCUGCCCGCGGGCUUGCACGCAGGGUCUACAUUUUCCAUUUCACUCAACAUUGCCACUCCUGUCAAUUCGUGCGCCAACUGUUGCGGAACUGGAGCUAGCGGUGGUAGCAAUGCUGCACCUGGUAGCCACCACAACAAGCCCCGUUCUGCAACAAAUCCUAGCUCCUCGUAUCCAGGCACACGGUUUCGCACGUCCGCCCGGAAUUUAUCGCGUGCCGCGUCGCCCGAUUCGGCCUCAAAUGCCCCUAGCGAUGAUGGUAGCGAUGACGACGUCGACACUCAAGACCGAGGACACGGCAGCAGCAGCAGCAUUAACACCAGUAACAACAACAGCAAUAGCAACAACAACAACAAUAGCAACAACGAUGACGGAGACUAUGGAUCCGACGACUCGGAUACUGAAGGCCCCAACUCGAGCGGCAAACGACGGCGGGCGCGAAACGCCAACUACAACGACACGGCUCGCGAGGUGAAGCGACCGGCUACAGGCUUUACAGCUGCGCUGCCGGACGAGGUUGUGAACGAGAUGCGCCAAUUAGCGCACUCGAUAGCGACGUGCGAGGAGCUCCCAGAGGAUGUCCGCGCGCCGCGCACCGGCAUCGGGUGCAUGAUUGCCCUGUUUGAGAUGCUGGAGCCUGCCGAGAUCGAGGAGCACGUGCGCCUUUCGAAAGCAGCCUGGUCCACUGUCGCCGAGUUUUGCGUCAACGACGGGCGGCCUGACGAUCUGCCGCCGCGGGCGCACCACUUUAGCACUCCUGCCUACAAGAAGCUGAUUGAAGAGUGGACGGAGAGCUACUUUGAGGACUGUCCCAAGAAGAUUGCCCUGCUCCGCGUGUUUGACGUGGCUCGCAUGGUCUUUAAGAAGCGGUUUCGAGGCGGAGAGGACGCGUGAAUGGUGAUGGAUCUAGCCGUUAUGUUUUUUUCUGUUUUUUUGCUUUUGCGUUGUGUUUUUGCUUGUUUCAAUUUAAUUGAGAUU